UAGGAUUCCUUUGUAAGGCGCAGGAAAAAAGACAAUCAGAUACAAUAUCAGGGAUCUCCUGGUAAGGCUUCUGGCUACUAUUAGUUUUGAAUACUGAGGUUUUGAUGAGAAAAAUGGCUGUGAGUUUUGAAGUGACUUUGAGAAUUUCUUGGAUUUGUUGCCUGCUAAUUGGAGGGAUAACCUGUUAUUCUCCACCUAAAGGUAGUUAUAGAUAUAUUCCCCAAAAUCAAUUAAAAAGAACUGGCCACAAUGCAGCGGAAGCUACCGGCUCCCGUGCCUCGGCAGGUGAAGCAGCCACCCGUAAUGCCUCAGCAAGCAUCACGACUGGCCCAAAUACCUUAGUUGGAGCAACCGGAUCCCGUGCCGCAGCCACAGAAGCAGUCACCCACAAUGCCUCAGCAAGCAUCACGACUGGCCCAAAUACCUUAGGUGGAGCAACCGGAUCCCGUGCCUCAGCAGCAGAAGCAGUCACCCACAAUGCCUCAGCAAGCAUCACGACUGGCCCAAAUACCUUAGCUGAAGCAACUGGCCACAAUGCUUCAUCAAGCGCUUCGACUGGCCCAAAUACCUUAGCUGAAGCAACUGGCCCAAAUACCUUAGGUGAAGCAGCUGGCCACGGCGCCUCGGCAGCGGAAGCAACUGGCCACAAUGCUUCAUCAAGCGUCACGACUGGCCCAAAUGCCUUAGGUGAAGCAAAUGGCCACGGUGCCUCGGAAGCAACUGGCCACCAUGCCUCGGCAGCGGAAGCAACUGGACACAGUGCCACGCAAGCAGCCACCCAUAAUGCUUCAUCAAGCGUCACGACUGGCACAAAUGCCUUGGGUGAAGUAUCCGACUUCCGUGCCUCAGCAGAAGCAGCAACCCAUAAUGCCUCUGCAAGUGUCACGACUGGCCCUAGAAAUACCUUAGCUGAAUCAACCAGCCACUUUGCCUCAUCAAGUGCGGAAUCUGGUUCAAAUGCCUCGGCAGGAGCCACAGGCGCCCUUGCCUCGGCAGGAGCCACAGGCGCCCUUGCCUCGGCUGGAGCCACAGGCGCCCUUGCCUCGGCUGGAGCCACAGGCGCCCUUGCCUCGGCAGGAGCCACAGGCGCCCUUGCCUCGGCAGGAGCCACAGGCGCCCUUGCCUCGGCAGGAAUAUAUUCUCCACACUUCAUUAAAAGGAACCUGCUCCUAUGUCCCAGCAACAAAAGGAGCGGGCUCGCAUGCCUCUUCAGCAGAAGCAACCGUCCACAAUGA